UCUUUACAAAUCAAUGGGAAUUAGAAUUUCUAGUAUUAAUGGGGUGGGGUAUUUCUGUUUGUAAACCCGACUGUUUGUUUAUCUCAACUCUCCUCAAGAAGGAGUCCGAGUCUGCGCAGAUGCGUUUCCGGUGCAUUUCCAAUUCUCAGACGACACGAAGAUUCCGGCUAAAAUGGCAGGGCUUGUUUUGUUAGUUAUCUUGGUGCUGCAUGCCUGCAGUGAAGUAGAUGCCAAGUCCAAAUUUGUCUCUGUGUCACUAGAUGCCAAAUGGGAGUCGACACCACUGAUGCUAGAAACUAGCGAGUUUCUGGCCAAAGAGAGUAAUGCCAUGUUCUGGGCUUUUGUGGAUACUGUGGCAGAGGCCAACACUGCUGACAUGCAAGAUAAAGAACCUAAGGAAGUGUAUGAGAUGAUUCUGUCCAUAGCAGAAAAACUUAUUCCUUCCAAAUUACAACUGGGCCUUCUCAAGUUUUCAUUAUCAUUAAGAUCUUAUUCACCAGCUGUAGAAAUGCAUAAUCAGGUGGCCAAGGAUAAUAACCCUCCCCGUGAUUGUGAUACAUUUGUCGACGUCCAGGGCAAGGUCACGUGUGAUAGCAAGGAAAUGAAACGACUCAUUAACAGUGCCACUCAAAGAGCUAUGCCAGAACUCUAUCCAUUUGACCACCAUUUCUUGACCACUAAGAAAUCUGGACCAGUGGUUAUACUGUAUACGGAGCUUGGGACCAGCUCAUUCAAUUUGUUUCAUGGGGAGUUGAAAAAACUUGCCAAGAGAGGGAUGGUGGACUAUGUCCUCAGGCAUUUUGUCAAAGAACCAUCUGAAGAGAAGGUGAGACUGGCUGGGUAUGGUGUGGAGUUGGCAAUAAAGAGCACAGAAUACAAAGCAAAGGACGAUACAAAAAUGCAAGCUGGUGAAGAUGAGGAAGAUGACUUGGAAGAUGAUGAAGGAAAGGAUGUUCAGGGCAUUGUGUUCUCAUCACUACGAAUGAAGCAUCCUGAUUUGAAGGAGAAAUUGAAAGAAUUCAAGAAACAUCUUAUGAUGAGUAGCAAUGAGCUAUCCCCUCUGAAAGUUUGGCAGUUACAGGACCUGAGUUUUCAGACAGCUGAGAAAGUGCUGAGCUCAGCAGAUGAAGAUAUGUUGGAAACAUUACAAGAUCUCAGUCAAAAUUUUCCAUCUCGAGCCAUGUCUCUGGCUAAAGUCAGUGUCAAAGAUGACAUGCGUAAGGAGGUAAAGCAAAACCAAAAGUAUUUUGAGCAGUAUUUGAACAUUCUCCCUGGGGAAUCAGCUCUAUUCUUCAAUGGCCUACAAUAUGACCUUGAUAUCAGUGAUGUGUUCACUUUGCUGGAUACAUUACGAGCUGAUGCCAAGAUUAUGGAAGGCUUAUACAGUAUGGGUAUUAAGGGUGAAAGCCUAAGUAGCCUCCUUAAGCUUGACUUGAAAGAAACAGGUACCAGUUAUGCUGUAGAUAUCCGGAAUGGGCCCAUACAGUAUAUCAAUGAUCUUGAGAAGGACAGAAGAUACCAGCAAUGGCCCAGCAGUGUUCAGGACAUGCUCAGACCCACCUUCCCUGGGAUGCUAAGACAUGUCGCCAAAAACUUUUUUACAAUGGUAUUUAUGGUGGAUCCUUCCCAGCCAGAUGCCAGAGAUUUGCUGAAGAUGGCAGAAUCAUUCUAUGUGCACAAUGCCCCAAUCAGACUAGGCUUACUGUUUGUAGUGAACAAUGAGAAGGAAGUGGAUGGAGAACAGGAUGCAGGUGUCGCCCUCUACAGGGCUUUCAACUUUGUGAAAACAGCCAACACUGUGUCUGCUGCUCUUUCUUUUCUUACUGAUGUGUUUGAUAAGGUCCAGGCUGGAGAUUUGACAGCAGACCAAGUGGUUGCAGAAUUCAGGUCACAGUAUCAAGAUGAGGAUGUCAACAUGGUGUUUUCUUCAGACUCAGAUUAUGAUGAUGGUAGAAUAAGUUCUGCAGAGUACUUCUCUCGCAUUGGCCUCACCUCACUGCCACAAGUUCUCCUAAAUGGGGUUCCUCUCAAGAAAGAGACACUUAACCAAGACAGUUUUGAGGAAGGUGUGGUUAUGGAGAUAAUGAAACAGACUCCAGACUUCCAAAAGGCUGUCUAUAAGGGUGAACUGACUGACAGAGAUAAUGUGUUGGACUGGAUAAUGGAAAAAGAGAAUGUUUUGCCAAGACUGAAUGACCAGAUACUGGACACCAAGGACAAGAGGUACCUGCAGUUUGGACAUGAUGCAGGUUUGAUAGACGUGAACAAAGCUGGCACAUACACUGAUAUGACCGACAAAGAACUGACUGCAUCACUAGCUGCUAGCAUGGUAUAUAUGAAACGCCAAGAGGAGGCAGACAAGCACCCUAUCACCAUGUGGGUGGUGGCAGAUCUUUCCUCACCUGCUGGAAGAGCUCACCUCUACAGUGCUGUUAGACAUUUGAAGCACAGUCAUACCCUGAGGGUUGGUAUUGUCCACAACCCUCGCAGUCUCAGUACCAAGUUGUAUGAAGGCAGCCAGAUUCCACUGGCCAUCCACACAGCACUGGGAACUCAGGUUCCACACAUUGCCAGGAGCUUUGUCACCAAGCUGCUGAAAGAGGACAACAUACAUGCCAUUUUGGAAGGGACAAAGUCACUCAGUGACUUGGAAGUCCAUGGUAUGGUAAUGGAGGUGUACCUCAAGGCCCUGGACGUACAGACGGUGGCUUUCCUACAGUUCCACUCAGCCUUCUGCACCCACGUCCUGGGCUUUGAGCCAGGCGCCCGAGGAGUUAUAGUGAAUGGAAGAAUAAUUGGUCCAUUAAAAGACCAGGAAACAUUCAUAGAGGAUGACUAUAAUCUACUGGAGAAAUAUACACUGAAGUCGUCUGCUGAGAAAAUUGUUCAGAUGCUGACGGGAUUUACAGAGGACACAAAGAGGGUCAGUGACAUGGUGAUGCAGGUGGGCAGUCUGUUGAUGUCCAAUCAGCAGGCCAGCAUAGCCUCCAGGACUGAUGUACAGUUUGCUGGGGACCAGCACAGUGUGUUAAAAAUCCCUGCUAAACCUGAGGAACCAGCCUAUGAUGUAACAUUCAUAGUGGAUCCAGUUUCCCGGGAGGCACAGAAAGUGACCCCAUUACUCAGGGCACUGCUCAAAGUUGCGAACCUUAAGAUUCAAAUAUUCAUGAAUUGCAGAGAAAAAUUGUCAGAAAUGCCUCUGAAAAACUACUACCGCUAUGUGAUUGGGUCAGAGCUGGAGUUCAGCUCCAGAGAAAGCCUGGGUGCAGUGGCCACCUUCCACGGACUGCCACAGAAGUCUCUGCUCACUCUGAACAUGAACCCUCCCGAGGGCUGGCUGGUGGAGGCUGUCAGGACACAGUAUGAUCUGGAUAACAUAAUGCUGGAUGAGGUAGACAAGGGAAUCAAUGCGGAGUUUGAAUUGGAAUAUCUAUUAUUAGAAGGUCACUGCCAUGACCAGAAUUCAGGUCAGCCUCCCAGGGGCCUGCAGUUUGUACUAGGGACCAGGAGUCAGCAGGCAGUGGUGGACACCAUCGUCAUGGCCAACCUGGGUUAUUUCCAACUGAAAGCUAAGCCAGGGGCUUGGAUGUUACAACUUCGACAUGGACGUUCAGAGGAAAUCUACAAGAUAGCAAGCCAUGAGAGGACAGACUCUCCACCAGAUUCACCUAACAUUACUGUUGUCAUGAACAGCUUCCUCAGUAAAAUCAUCAAAGUCAAGGUAAGCAAGAAACCAGGACGGGAGUCAGAUGAUUUGUUGGGAGGAGAAGAAGACAAGAGAGGGGGGUUAUGGGAUUCUUUAUCCAGCUGGAUGGGUGAUGAGGAGGAGGAGGAAGACGUAGACAGCAGUUCCCUCUCAGGCCCGAGUGAAGAGGGGAAUCGAGAGACGAAAGUGAAUAUAUUUUCAGUGGCAUCAGGACACCUUUAUGAGAGAUUCCUCAGAAUUAUGAUGCUGAGUGUAGUGAAAAAUACCAAAUCAAAAAUUAAGUUUUGGUUCCUCAAGAACUAUUUGUCCCCAACAUUUAAGGAAUUUAUCCCAUAUUAUGCUAGAGAAUAUGGUUUUGAAUAUGAACUAGUUCAGUACAAAUGGCCUAGGUGGCUGCACCAGCAGACAGAGAAACAAAGGAUCAUAUGGGGGUAUAAAAUUCUUUUCCUAGAUGUGUUAUUCCCACUUGACGUGGAAAAAAUUAUAUUUGUUGAUGCUGAUCAGGUGGUCCGUGCAGAUAUUCAGGAGUUAUAUGACCUUGACCUCGGUGGUGCUCCUUAUGGCUACACUCCAUUCUGUGAUAGCAGAAAAGAGAUGGAUGGGUUCAGGUUCUGGAAGUCUGGUUACUGGGCAAGUCAUCUUGCUGGCAGGAAGUACCACAUUAGUGCCUUAUAUGUGGUGGACCUGAAGCGUUUUAGAAAGAUAGCAGCUGGUGAUCGUCUCAGAGGGCAGUACCAAGGCCUUAGUCAGGACCCCAACAGCUUGUCCAACUUAGAUCAAGAUCUUCCCAACAACAUGAUCCAUCAGGUGAACAUCAAGUCGCUGCCUCAGGAGUGGCUGUGGUGUGAGACUUGGUGCAGUGAUGACGAGAAGUCAAAAGCCAAAACUAUUGAUUUGUGUAAUAACCCACAGACCAAAGAACCUAAGCUGAAUGCAGCUAAGAGAAUAGUAGCUGAGUGGGAGGAAUAUGACAAUGAAGCAAGGAGGAUAUUUGAAAACUUUACCAGCAAUAAACCCACACUAGGUUCACUAAGUGCUGGCCACAUUGAAGCACAAGAAACCAGUACACAACCAAGAGAUGAGCUAUGAUACUAGUCUAUUACUAGUUCAGCUGCUGCAAUUGAGGGAGGUGUUGUCUGCAUUCCAUUUAUUCCUUCUCAACAAAAAUGCUCUCCAAUAUGAAUUUUGAAGAUAUUUUGAAGAUAUGUUAUUUCUUAGUUGGUGGAAACAUAGAUUAACUAUAUAUUAAUAUGAAUAUGCAAUAGAUAUGCAGUUUUCAAACAUACACAAAUAACAAAAUUUAAAUUCUUAAAACAAAAAAACACACAUUGCAGAUUAGAUGUUAUAAUUACUGUUUUUAUGCAAUUUAUCAAUCAGUUUGAAUUCAAAGAUGAAGUUUGUAAUUUGUGGUAUUGUUAGUGGUGGCUGGGUUGUGACAUAGGCAGUAAUAUGAGGUCCAAGGCAAUUUUGUUUCUUUUUCAAAAUAUUGGCUAGAUAGGCAGCUGUUACAUUGGGGGGUGCAUUAUAUAUAUAUAUAUAUUAGGUUCAUAGGAUAUUUAUAUAAGUUUAAAGUAGACUAAUGGUGACAGUGAUAUUAGAGCUUAGUCUCUGUCUCCCUUAAGCUAUUACAUUGCUCUUAGAAUCAUUGUUAUUUCAGUGCUGACAGUGUAAGUUAAAUGUGAAAAAAAUAUAUCUACACUCCUUCAUUCAGUCUUUCAGGAUAAGUCUCUUUUGAUCAGCUUUGUUAUGCAUAAUGUUAUCAUGUUUAGGAAAAUAAUUAUUUUUUAACUUAAUUUUUGUUGUACCCCAACUGUCUAAGCUAGAGAUCCAUUGGAUGUGUGGCACCCUGGCCUGGCUGUCUGUAGGUGUGUUCUUACUACAGGGGAGGAGAACCAACCACUUAUUUUUUGUGGCAAUUGUGUUAUUAUUAUCACUAUUAACCAUGAAACCUUGUUUCUUGUAUGUUUUGAGGAAAAAAUUGAAAUGUUACAGUAACAGCAAUAAGUUCUAGAGAAGUGGUAUUUGGUGCCAUUUGUCUUUAAUUCUAAGUUCCAGAGCUUUGUGUUGUAAUAUCAUUAAAGUGAAAAAGUCAGAUAAUAUAUUUCCAGUAAAAGUUGUUGAAUAUCUCUGAAAUAAAAAUAGAGGCAACAGGUAUAACUGAUAUGUGUAUGUAGAAAGUAAAAUGUGGAGAUUCAUAUUUUGUUCAUGGACUUGAAUUAUGACAUUUUUAUGGGCUUUUUUACAUCGAUUAUGUCUUAGCCACACAGCUGUACCAGUAUGUUUUGAGAAAUUGACAACUAUGUAAAGUCAGCUAAAUGGAGGCUGAGUGCAUUAUAUCUGUGUCUUAUUUCCUUUCCAUCUCUUAAAGCACAUAUAUACAGCUUUAUCUUUGGCAAUUUUUUAGUGUAAAGCACAAUAUGAAUGGUGCUACGCUGGUUAAACUCAGGAGGGAGGUGUAUCUCCUUUACAGCAUGUGCAACUUAAUGUUAUGUAUAGCUAUUGCCAUAAAAUUGUGAACAAAAGAUUGUUACCAGACUAUUUAAUGAUAUUUAUAUAUAUUCCUGUAAUGUGACAUUAAAAAAUACCAACCAAAAACUUCUCACUGAAAGCUAUGGAAAGCCAGUGUAAUGUUAUGGUAGUAAUAAUAAUAAUGCCAGUUUUGUCUGUAUUUUUGGUGAAAAGAGUAAAAUAGCUGUUGCAUUGAUCACAUUGACAAAGCUCAGUAUAUUUAGAAACUUGACAACAAACAAAAUAUGCGUACUGAAUAAAAGAAUAAAAAUUUUGAAAGGCUUACAUAUGCAGCUUCUGUUGUUCAUUCACUGUUAAAAUGUAACAAAUAUAAUUUAGAAAACGAGGGGAGUACGUUUGUGUUGCACACCUACACAUGAUAACUUUUAUGA